GGCAGAGUGGUCGCGGCCUCAGCCGACUGAGUUCGUCGUGUCCGUCUCUCAACGUGGACGGGGAGGAAGUAGAAGACGACGACUCUCCUUCAUGUAAGUCCCCGACUGGGCCUAGUCCCGUCCUCCCAGGAGCCAGCACCAGCAGCCACCACGCCCACGCCCCCGCAUACCAGGCCAGACGGGGGUCCGGCCGACUGUCCUCGCGCUCCGACGACGGGGAGACCACCAGCCCUAACACCCCCAACACCCCCAACACGCCCAUCACCUCCAGCUCCCUCGACGAGCACCACCUCUGUCCCGACACACCCAAAAUACGGGUCAACGACUCCACGCCCACAGGUUCUGAGGAGUUCUUGGACGCACGGAAGGGUCGAGGCAGCACCAGCGAGUGUCACCGUCGACGUUCCUGGUCCGGCCUCAUUCUGAUGAGAAAAGAAGAGAGCGAGACAUAGAAGAGUUUACCAGGAACUUCAGCAACACAUCCAGGCGACGCUUCCACCACUAUCACCACAAGAUGAACCACCACCAUCACCUCCAACAUCACCACCAUCAGUCCUGCCACACCCACACCACCUCCCCUCACGGUUCCCCCCCGUACACCUCCCGCCCAAACCAAUGGUGCCUCAUCAUCCUCCCCGACCACCACGGCUGCCGCCACUACCCCCGCACCUCCACCACCCCCCGCUGCCUACCUCACCGCCUCAUCUCCCGUCAUCUCCGCCUUGGCUCCCCCCACAACCACCUCGAACAGCACCCUUACUCCCACUGACCACUUCAUUACCAAAGCCAAUGCUACCACUACGAUCAAAGCCACCACUUCCUCCACGGUCAUGGUAUAAAUCACCAGUGCCACCUCAACCGCCAUCAACAACUAGAACUCACACCGCCAUCAGCAGCAUCAGCUUAAGCAGUCUGGACUCUGACGCUGAGGAAGCCUUCUAUGAUGCCGAGGACAGCACCAACACUCAGGGUUCCGAUAGUGUUGAUGGCGGGUGUCGUCGAGCUGCGGAGAAACAGAGGUCAAUGUCGGGGUCGUCCUCACCAGUCACUUAUGGUGGCGGCGGCGGCGGCUCCUCCACUCACUCUCUCAACGACGUCCACCUCCAGUUGUGCUUACAGGAGAAGAGGAGUUCAGGCCCCAUAGAGAAGCCGAGAUUGUUGGCGCCUCGUCUGACGUUGCAGAAGUCUGUGUCGACGCCAUCCAUCCUUGCCGGUGUGGCCACCCAGCCGGCUCAACAGCAGCCACAUUUGGUGCUGAAUGAGACAGACACAGACCUGAGCCUGGAGUACCAGCCCCAGCCCACGCCCGCGAGGAAGGUGGCGGUGUGGGCGUCUCGAAGUAUCUCCGUCAUCGCCACGCCCACCACCCCCUCCCCAACCACUCCACCAUUCCCUGACCACCACAAUCCCCUCCUCCACCAGUACCCUCAACACCACCACCUCGCCACACAAAACAUUUUACCUAAGAAAUUGUAAGUUUUGUAUUAUUUU